UUUGAUAGAGAAUGAGAGAAUCGAUAAGAGGAACCAUGUAUGCCACAAUGAACAGUAUGAAUCGACCAAAAUUUGGAAAUCUCCUACAUUCUGAUCCAAACAUUUCCACGACAAUCAACGAAGAAGAUUACCCAGUCCGCAACAGCAGCGCUUCCGCGGCGAGCCCAGGCUACUACGACGGCAACCACAUGAGUCCAGAUAGCUCUCCCUAUAAUAUGUCCCCCUGGAAUGCGAAUUCCUCUCCUUAUACCAAAUCUCCAUGGACAAGAACCUCUCCUUUAAAUCCCGUAGAUGAGAAUUUCCCACCCAAUGGACUCAUCGGAUCCCUUGUCCGUGAAGAAGGACAUAUAUACUCCUUGGCAGCUAUAGGGGAUCUUCUCUACACUGGAUCAGAUAGCAAGAACAUCCGCGUUUGGAAGAACCAGAAGGAAUUCUCCGGUUUCAAAUCUAAUAGUGGAUUGGUUAAAGCAAUUAUAAUCUCCGGUGAGAAAAUCUUCACUGGUCAUCAAGAUGGAAAGAUUCGUGUUUGGAGGGUUUCCUCCAAGGAUUCUAGUGUUCACAAGCGCGCUGGAACUCUGCCGACCUUGAAGGAUUUCAUCAAGAGUUCCAUUAAUCCCAGCAAUUACGUCGAGAUAAGGCGUCACAAGAAUGGACUCUGGAUCAAGCAUUUCGAUGCGAUUUCUUGCCUGAGCUUGAGUGAGGACCAAGGAUUGCUCUACUCUGGUUCUUGGGAUAAAACUCUCAAAGUGUGGAGAAUCUCCGAUUCGAAAUGCUUGGAAUCGAUCAACUCUCACGACGAUGCCGUCAAUUCCGUCGUUGCAGGCUUCGACGGUUUGGUCUUCACCGGCUCCGCCGACGGUACCGUUAAAGUCUGGCGAAGAGAAUUACAUGGCAAAGGAACAAAACACUUUUUGUUGCAGACGUUACUGAAACAGGAAAGUGCCGUAACGUCGUUAGCUGUGAACCCCACAGCGUCAGUUAUCUACUGUGGAUCAUCUGACGGACUCGUUAACUUUUGGGAGCGUGAAAAGCAUUUAUCACACGGUGGGGUCCUCAGGGGACAUAAACUAGCGGUUCUCUGUCUCGCAGCGGCUGGAAACCUUGUUUUCAGCGGAUCCGCGGACAAGACGAUAUGCCUGUGGAGGAGGGAAGGUGGAAAUCACUCGUGCCUUUCGGUCUUGACGGGUCACACCGGACCCGUUAAAUGUUUGGCUGUUGAAGAAGAUCUGGAAUCGACGGGUAAUGAUGAAAGGUGGAUCGUGUACAGCGGCAGCCUAGAUAAAUCAGUGAAGGUGUGGAGGGUUUCGGAGCAAGCUCCCGAUGUACAACACGUGGCGGCCAUGCAGAGACAAUACAUGGACCCUUCUCAGGGUUCAAUGUCCAUCAAUCAGAAUUUCACCUUCUCUGGAAGUGGAAAGAAACGAUACUGA